UCGAGAAGAGACAAGCAACAAAAACAACAAUAUGUCGGUUGUUCGAAAUCACCGCAAAUAUUGUUUAUCCCCCAGUUAGUAAUUGAACGCUAGAACCGGCCGCACAAUGACAACCGACGAGAGCAUUAUGGAGGAGAUGCUGGAAAGAGCAACAAAUCCGGCAAAAAAAAUCGACGAAUUGGGCGUGCAAAUGUUCUGUAUUGUGGUUAAAAGUAACGCUCAGUUGGUCCAUAAGGCCCAGGAAAUGAUUGUGGCCAAGGUGCGUUCAUCCAAUACAACGGAGGCGAUUCGAGCCAUUUCGCUGCUUGAAGAAUGCAUGACGCAGUGCGGUGACGACUUUCAGGACGAGGCCGCCAAAUUCCGCUUUCUCAACGAACUGAUUCGCCUGGUGUCCAAAAAGUACAAGGGUGCGGAGACGCCGCACGAGGUUAAGCAGCGGAUCAUGGAGUGCCUCCUCCUGUGGACUACGGAGUUUCCGCAACGCCAGAAGAUUCGCGAUGCCUACGACAUGUUGCGCAAGGAGGGCGAUAUCGAGCACGGCACAACAGAGGCGGCGGUGGCCAAAAGAGAGAGUGUCCUGGGCACCAUCGACGAGGCCAUGUUCGCCAAGCUGAUCAAAAGCAAUAACCCGGAGAACUUCAAGCGGGCCAACCUUCUGCUGCAAUAUCGAAUGGCGCAAGAGGCUCGCCGCAAUGAUCUGCUCGCCCAACAUCGUCUGGUACUCAGCGAGGUCCAGGAGACGAUGCAGCUACUCAACCAAAUGCUCGACACCUACGAUCCCUCGAACCAGGACGUCAACGAGACGCUGCACGAGCUCUACAAGAGCUGCAAGAAGCACAAGCCCAUCUUUCAGCAUUUGCCGCAGCUGCUGGACGAUUCGGAUACCAAGCUUGUAGCUGACACUUUGGAUGCCAAUGGCGCUCUUCUGACCACCAUGCAGCGCUAUAAGCAAUUGGUGCCCUCGCCGACGAAAAGCACUGCUCCUGUCCUGACCACGAGUACUUUGACAUCCACAUCCACUGGCAAGGCCACAUCCAGUUCGACCACAGCCACGAGCUCCAACAAUGCCCUGCUGCUAAAUGAACUUCUGGGGGAUUUGCUGAUUAGCGGGAACAGCGAAAACGCUUCGGCCACUGCAACGAUGCCAACAACUGCCACUAGUACAUCCCAUUCCACGGCCACUGGAGGAGAUCCCCUGGCGGAUUUGAGUGACAUCUUCAGCAGCGCACUGGCCGAAAGUGAGUCCAAGCAGAAGCAGCAAUUCCAGAAUGCCAGCACUUUGCUGGAACCGCAAGUUUUGAGUCCAGUUGCCACCACCGAGGGUUUGGCCAACGGCAAUGGAACCGACUCAAGUAAAAUACCCGGAACGGCCAGAAAGAUGCCCCAAAUCGAUAUGCUAAGCGAGGAGCUCUUUCAGCAGAUCCUGCCCACUCAGGAGAGGAUGGCCAGCUUUAAACGCGAUCCCGAGAAGUUGACGCUCAAUGAUUUGGCGCGCGAAAAAAUGCAGGUGAAGGCCCCGGAAGAGGAAGCGAGUGGUUCUGCUGCUGUGGUUGCCAAUCCAACUCCUGCUCCUGUUGAUUCCAUCGACGAUGUUCCUUUGCUCAGCGAUGCUGUCGAGAAACCGGAAGAGCCUACAGUGGCGGCUGCUCCCGUUGCGGUUGUUCCGCAAGUAAAGCCGCUUAGCGAGAUUCACGUGGAACUGGACAACAUCCAGGCAACCGGCGAGCAGCGCAUCGUUCUAGACGACGACGACAUGCAGCUCAGUCUGAACUUCACCAGCGAGCGGCCCGGCCAUCGUGUGUCGGUGAUUGUGAUAGCGGCCCAGAACAAGAGCCGCCAGCCAGUACACGACUUUCAGUUCGAGGCCAGCGUGAAGAAGCCAUGCAAGGUGCGCCUGCUGCCACCGACGGACAGCCAAAUGCCGCCCCACAAGCCUUUUCGCCCGGCCACGCCCAUUAACCAGGUAAUGCUCCUGCUGAAUCCCACUGGCAAGGCCGUGGAUGUUACCUGCAUCGUGGGCUACAAGCUGGGCGACGACCCAGAUCCCAUUAAGGAAUCCAUUGUUGCCCAGGGCAUCGACUAUGUGGACUAGUAUUUUUCCAGCAUCACCUUCUCCCGUCCACUUAAAAAAAAAAAACGAAGACAACCAAACGAAGAAAGUCAAUUUCCCUUAUCUGUGUUGCUCCCCCUUUUCAUUUUAUUAUCUAAAAGAUAGUGUUGUUUUUUGAUUUGUCUGUAUUGAAUGUAUAUUUAUGCCCUUAAUAUUUUAAUUCAAAUUGCAUUUUGCAUAAACACGGUUUAGUCGUAAUAUAAUUAUGUAUCAAAGGUUUAUAAAUUAUGAAAAAGUCGCUACAAAAGCCAAGCGCUCAUUUUCAGAGGUAUUCUCAUUUCUCUGUUGAA